UACUGCGUCAUCUUGAUACAAUGUAGCUAGGUUGGUUCUUCCUACUCUCCUUACGUAGGUAUUAGUUUAAUACAUAGAUAAGUUAGCGAGAUAUUAAUUUAUUAGUAUUUGUACAGUUAAUACUCUAAAUUAGUGCAAACAAAGCAUGCGAAGGGUGACGCUUUUUGUCAACGGAACCUCCAAAAAUGGCAAGGUUGUAGCCGUUUAUGGGACUCUGCCUGAUCUUUUGACAGUCGCCAGCAAUAAAUUGGGAAUCAGGGCUUGUAACCUAUAUAAUGGGAAAGGUGGUCUUAUAGAUGACAUUGCGCUCAUCAGAGAUGAUGAUGUGCUAUAUGUGUCAGAAGGAGACGCUUUCAUCGAUCCUCAGAGUGAUGGGAAAACGUCAGAUGACAUCUCAGGAUCGCACACUGAUUGGCUGACGCUGAAUAUUGGUGGGCGCCAUUUCACAACCACUAGGAGUACUCUUGUGAGUAAGGAGCCUGACAGCAUGCUGGCACACAUGUUCAGAGAGAAGGAUGUAUGGGGCAAUAAGCAGGACGAACGAGGGGCUUACCUCAUUGAUCGAAGCCCAGAGUACUUUGAGCCCAUCCUGAACUACCUGAGGCAUGGCCAGAUUAUUGUCAAUGAAGGAAUCAACUUACUUGGAGUACUAGAAGAAGCUCGAUUCUUUGGAAUUGAGCAACUGGCAGAGCAACUAGAAGUCACCAUUAAGAAUUCUCAUCCACCUGAAGACCACUCUCCACUCUCACGGAAGGAAUUUGUUCGUUUUCUGCUGGCUACACCAACCAAAUCAGAGCUACGCUGUCAGGGUCUUAAUUUCAGUGGAGCGGACCUUUCUCGGCUGGAUUUGCGCUAUAUUAAUUUUAAAAUGGCAAAUCUGAGUCGCUGCAAUCUCACCUAUGCAAACAUGUGCUGCUCAAACCUGGAGAGAGCGGACCUUUCCGGAGCCAACCUGGAUGGUGCUAAUCUUCAGGGCGUGAAGAUGCUCUGCUCCAACGCAGAGGGAGCGUCCCUUAAAGGAUGUAACUUUGAGGAUCCCUCUGGGCUCAAGGCCAAUCUAGAGGGGGCUAAUCUAAAAGGAGUUGACAUGGAGGGCAGUCAGAUGACUGGUAUUAAUCUGCGUGUGGCUACGCUGAAGAAUGCUAAGCUGAAGAACUGUAACCUGCGAGGUGCUACAUUAGCCGGCACAGAUCUCGAGAACUGCGAUCUCUCAGGCUGUGAUCUACAGGAAGCGAAUCUGCGUGGUUCAAAUGUGAAAGGAGCCAUCUUUGAGGAGAUGCUGACUCCACUGCACAUGUCCCAAAGUGUGAGAUAACCAAUUACAUCGUUCCCUGCCCAGAAACCUCACCAGCCAGCUAUUCCCAGCACUCCCUCACCCCCGUUUCACGCUCCCGUGGAACCGUAUGCAACACUAGCACUUGGUUUGCCCACCUCUAAUCUUUGAGCUUUACUCUCAUGCACUAGUGCACAUCCAGGGUCUGCAGUCAUGGCCAACAUAGCGAAAGCUUAUCGUAGAGAUUCCAAAUAUUUAAAAAGGACGUUUGUCAAACCAAACUUUUGCUUUUGUUUUUAAUUAUGCUUUGUGUUGAACUAUUGUUCGAUUUCACUGAAUGUAUACGUUUCAUGUUGUGUUUCGUCUCAAAUAAUGAAGUCAACAUUUCAAUCAAUCAGUACAACCAAAUAUGUCUAUCGAAUUUUAGAUUUAUCAAUGAAUUUAUAGGAGGCUUAUUGUUGCACAGCUUACCGCAGGCGAAACAAACUCAUAUAAUAGUAGCCUUUUGUAUAUGGAAUAAUAUACCUUAAACAUCUCAUAACUGACAGUUCUGGUGUCAAAUAUGCAACAUAAAUGUACAGCUCUUAUAUUUUCUGUUUUUACAUUUACACAUAAACGACAUUAAUUGCUUAUUUUGUUUUUCGAUUUGCCAUUUGUUGAUCUACCUCCCAUAUAACCCGUUCUUGUUUUUAGCCAUUUUUAGUUAUUAAAUCCAUGCAGUCAGACAAAGACUUCAACCAAAUGCAAACCACAUUUUGCUGCAUUCUUGCAAAACCUAUUUCAUUUUUGAUAACUGUGUAAUAACACUUAGCCAUAGGUUAAUAUGCACAAUAAUUAACCAGUGGUGCCAAUAUGCUAUUUUAUCAUAUCAUUUUAUAAUAUGUGGAAAUGGUAUGCAGUUCUUAUUUUCCCCAUUUUUUUAUUUUUCAUUGAAGUGAAA